AUGGCAGAUGACAAAGACGUGCUAAGAGACGUCUGGUUCGGCCGGAUCCCUGCUUGCUUCACCCUCAAUCAGGACGAGGAGACGGAGAGGGAAGCUGAGCCUUAUUAUCUGCUGUUGCCCAGGGUGAGCUACCUGACGCUAGUCACCGACAAGGUAAAGAAGCACUUCCUAAAAGUGAUGAGGGCUGAGGACGCGGGGGAGAUGUGGUUCGAAUAUGAAGGGACGCCACUCAAAUGGCACUAUCCAAUUGGAGUUCUAUUUGACCUCCACGCCUCCAACUCUGUCUUGCCGUGGAGCAUCACAGUCCACUUUAAGAACUUUCCAAGCCAAGACCUUCUCCACUGCCCGUCUAGCUCAGUUGUGGAGGCCCACUUCAUGUCCAGCAUCAAGGAGGCUGACGCACUCAAACACAAGAGCCAAGUCGUCAACGACAUGCAGAAGAAGGAUCACAAGCAGCUUUGGAUGGGUCUGCAGAACGAUAAGUUUGAGCAGUUCUGGGCCAUGAACAGGAAACUGAUGGAGUAUUCCACUGAGGAGGCCGGAUUCAGAUACAUCCCCUUCAGGAUAUACCAGUCGAUGAGCGACAGGCCCUUUAUCCAGAAACUCUUCCGUCCCGUUUCCCCUGAAGGCAACGCUCACACGCUUGGCGACCUGCUCAAAGAGAUGUACCCCACAGCAUUACCCCAUGACGGUGAGCCAGCGAAGCGAUACCAGGUCGUGAUCCACGGCAUCGAGCCGCUGCUGGAGACGCCGCUGCAGUGGCUUAGCGAGCACCUGAGUCACCCGGACAAUUUUCUGCACAUCUGCGUGGUGCCGGCGCCUUCCGACUGA